GAGAUCGUAGAUGACUGGAAGAAGGCAAAUAUAGUGCCUAUCUUUUGAAAAGUAAAGAAGGACAAUCCAGGGAAGUAUAGAGCGGUCAGCUUCACCUUAGUCCCUGGAAUCCAUUUUGAAGCACUUGGAAGAGGGGAAUGUGAUCAAGAAUAGUCAACAUGGAUUCACCAAGGGCAAGUCAUGCCUGACCAAUCUGAUUAGCUUCUGUGAUGAGCACUGCAGCAGAGGGAGGACUGCAACGUGCAGCCCACACAGCCCCUGGGCCGCCCCUCCUCUGGCUCGGUCACGCCUGGCGACUUCUCCAGGAGGCUUCUCCGCCGCCAGCAGCAGCUGCGUCGAGCCGAGCGCUGGAGACAGGCGCAAGUGUCACCCGCCGCACAGGGGAGGCUGCUUGGCGCGGCUCUCGGAGGGGCUCGGUGUCCCCGCGGAUUAGAAAACAUCUUCAGUUACUGAAGAAAAUCACUCCUGCUUUAAAAUUAUAACUUGCUGAAGCUGAACAUGUUCUUUCAUCUCCACUAUUGACAUCCAGGGCAGAAUAGCUAUUCCAGAUAGAAUCAAUAGAUCCAUUUUCAAUAGGACCAUUGUACAUUAAUAUACGAUGGAAGACACAUACAGAGAUAGGACUUCAUUAGUGAAAGGGGCUAAGGACAUUGCCAAGGAGGUGAAGAGACAAACUGUAAAGAAGAUGAAUAAAACUGUAGACAAAGCUCAGGAUGGGUAUACACAGAGGUCCUACAAUCAGUUCAAGGAAGGGGAAGAAGAUGAUGACUACUACACACAAGGAAGAAAUUAUGAUGGAGAAGCCAAUGAUGAUGAAGGAUCAAGUGAAGCAACUGAAGGGCAUGAUGAAGAUGAUGAGAUUUAUGAAGGAGAGUAUCAGGGAAUCCCAAACAUGGGGCAGGGAAAGGAUGGCAUAGUGGCCCUAGAGCAGCCCAUCCAUGAUGAGUACAAGGAUCGUCAUGAACUGGAAACAGAGAGGAAAGCUGAUGAAGAGGAGCUAGCACAACAGUAUGAACUGAUUAUACAAGAGUGUGGACAUGGCCGUUUUCAGUGGGCCCUCUUCUUUGUUCUUGGAAUGGCACUAAUGGCGGAUGGGAUAGAGGUUUUUGUGGUUGGAUUUGUGUUGCCCAGUGCUGAGACAGACAUGUGCAUUCCCAAUUCUGGAUCGGGAUGGUUAGGUAGCAUAGUGUACCUUGGGAUGAUGUUGGGGGCAUUCUUCUGGGGAGGCAUGGCAGACAAGGUGGGAAGGAGGCAGUCUCUUCUGAUAUGCAUGUCUGUCAAUGGAUUCUUUGCCUUCCUGUCAUCAUUUGUCCAGGGCUAUGGCUUCUUUCUCUUCUGUCGUUUAUUUUCUGGAUUUGGGAUCGGUGGAGCUGUUCCAACUGUGUUUUCAUAUUUUUCUGAAGUUCUUGCUCGAGAGAAGCGAGGUGAACACUUAAGCUGGCUGUGCAUGUUUUGGAUGAUUGGAGGCAUCUAUGCUUCUGCCAUGGCAUGGGCAAUAAUUCCUCACUAUGGGUGGAGUUUUAGUAUGGGGUCUGCCUACCAGUUUCACAGCUGGAGAGUAUUUGUAAUCGUCUGUGCACUACCCUGUGUCUGCUCCGUAGUAGCGCUCACUUUCAUGCCCGAAAGUCCAAGGUUUCUGCUGGAGGUUGGAAAACACGAUGAAGCUUGGAUGAUUCUCAAGCAAAUUCAUGACACCAACAUGCGAGCUCGUGGGCAACCUGAGAAAGUCUUCACAGUUAACAGAAUCAAAACCCCCAAACAGAUAGAUGAGCUUAUAGAAAUUCAGAGUGACACAGGAACCUGGUACAGAAGGUGUUUUGUUAGAAUCCGCACAGAGCUGUAUGGGAUAUGGUUAACAUUUAUGAGAUGUUUCAACUAUCCAGUCAAGGACAACACAAUCAAACUUACAGCUGUAUGGUUCACACUGUCUUUUGGCUACUAUGGGUUGUCUGUCUGGUUCCCUGAUGUCAUUAAACAUCUGCAAUCGGACGAAUAUGCAUCCAAAGUGAAGCGUUUUAACGGAGAGAGAAUUUCAGAUUUCAGCUUCAAUUUCACAUUGGAAAAUCAGAUUCACACCAAUGGAACAUAUAUCAAUGACAGGUUUAUUAUGAUGAAGUUUAAAUCAGUUACUUUUGAAGACUCCCUUUUUAAGAAUUGCUUAUUUGAAGAUGUUACUUCACUGAGCACGUACUUCAGGAACUGUACUUUUAUAGACACCAACUUUUCCAACACAGAUUUCAAGCAAUAUAAAUUCAUUGACAGUGAAUUUAUAAACAGCCCAUUUAAGCACAACAAGAUAGGAUGUCAGAUUACCUUUGAUGAUGACUACAGUGCCUAUUGGAUUUAUUUUGUUAAUUUCCUGGGAACUUUGGCUGUGUUACCAGGGAAUAUUGUAUCUGCUCUUCUGAUGGACAGAAUUGGACGUUUAACAAUGCUAGGUGGUUCUAUGGUCCUCUCUGGAAUUAGCUGUUUUUUCUUGUGGUUUGGUACCAGUGAAUCCAUGAUGAUAGGCAUGCUGUGUUUGUACAACGGCCUCACCAUCUCAGCAUGGAAUUCCCUUGAUGUCAUUACUGUGGAACUGUACCCUACAGACAGAAGGGCAACUGGCUUUGGCUUUUUGAAUGCACUAAGCAAAGCAGCAGCUGUACUUGGAAACUUGAUAUUUGGUUCCCUUGUGGGCAUCACCAAAGCAAUCCCCAUUCUCCUAGCUUCGACUGUUCUCGUGUGUGGAGGUCUGGUGGGACUUCGACUUCCUGACACAAGAACCCAGGUGUUGAUGUAAAACUGGAAAAAAGCCAUUUAUGAUUUAUUUCCCUCUCCUUUCAAGUGUCAACUCUCCUAACUGAAUGGUUCAAAGGCUUCAGAUUUUUAGCUCUUAGAGUGGUGAUCAGAUUUCAGAAAUCUAACUCAAAUGAGAUAUUUUUCUGUGGUAAGGUUGCCAGGUGUCCAGUUUUUAACUGGAAAGCCAUGAAAGGUUUGGUUGGUGCAGGGCUGGCAGGCUCCUUUCCCGGCUCUGUGUGGCUCCCCAGAAGUACUAACAUGUCUCCUGGCUCCUAAGCAGAAGGACAGCCGUAAGGGCUCCAUGCAUUGCCCCUGCCCUGGGUGCCAACUCCACAGCUCCCAUUGGCUGGGACCCAGAGCCAAUGGGAGCUGUGGGCGGAUGCAAGAUCCCGAGCCACCUAGCCAUGCCACCAUCUAGGAGCUGAGGAACAUGUUGUUGCUUGUGGGGAGCUUCCUGAAGUGGGUGCUGCCCAAAUCCCACACCCUGAAUUCCUGCCCACACUUCCAACUCCCUGCCUCAGUCCAGAGCCCUCUCCCACAGUCAGCCCCAGCCCAGAGCCUCUUUCUGCACCCCAAACCUCGCAUCCCCAUCUCAGAGCCCUUGGGCCCAGAGCCUGUACCCGCUCCCACACCACACACCCCCGCUCCAGCCUGGUGAAAAUGAGCGAGUGAGGGAGGGUAGAGGAGAGUGAGCAAUGGGUGGUGGGGGGAAGGAGGAUGGAGUGAGUGGAGGCAGGGCUUUGGAGAAAGGGCAGGGCCUCAGGGAAGGUGUGGUAUAUGGGCUUUUCAGUUUUGUGCAAUUAGAAAGUUGCCAACCCUGUGACAGAGGUUUAAAAACUUCCAUAAGAAAGUUUUAAAAUUUCAUCAUCUUUUGCAUACUUUUGCUGUUUAAUACUUUUUAUCUUUCAAAUUGCAAAGCUACCUCUUGAAACAUUUUCAAAAACAUAUUCAGGGAGAGAAAACUGGGCUCAUAGGUAGGUGUUUAAAAGUCAAAUAUAUUGUCGCAUUUAUGACAUUAAAAAAUAGGUCCUAGAUUUUUGCCAUGACACCAUUAGCUUCCACAAUGAUACAAACAUGGAAGUCAAUUAUUUAACAGUAUCAGUGCAGUAAAUGUCAAUCUUACACAGAUCAAUGCAUGCAGCAUUAAACAGGAAACUGCAUAUUCUGUGUCCAUACUGAGAAUACUAAUAUUGUGUAACUAUAUUUAAACAGUAAGGAACUUCCUGCUUUCUUAGAAAAGGGUAUGGCAGGCUUUGGCAGUUGCAGUGUCUUUUUCAAAGGAAGCCAUUUCAUGUAGAUUUCAAUCACGGGGAAAGAUUAACAUUUGCAGAGAAGUUUUUGUGCUGAAGAAAAACCAACUCCUUCAAAAUUUAGAGUCAAUGGCCAAAGUAAGAGAAUAGGAAAAGAAGCACUUUCACUGGUUCCUGAUCCUCCAGAGUAUAUUUAGAGAUACCAACUCUUGGAGGUCUGGACAUUUCUGAGCAUUUUGCAGAAACAGGAAGGGAGAUUGGAACAUAAGAAGGGCCAUACUGGGUCAGACCAAAGGUCCAUCUAGCCCGCCCAGAAUCCUGUCUGUUGACAGUGGCCAAUGCCAGAUUCCACAGAGGGAGGGAACAAAAACAGAUAACCAUCAAGUGAUCCCUCCUCUGUCAUCCAUUUUCAGGCCCUGACAAACAGAGGCUAGGGACACCAUUCCUACCAUUCUUGUUGUCUGAACAUAUCCCGGUGCAUACCAUGAGUAGCUCUACUCUAGACAGUAGUUACACCAGUGUAAAACUAAUGUGAGUGAAGACACAAUGUGUGGAUGAAAAAUAAACAGCUUUAAGAAAAGUACUUUUGUAAUUUAAUCUACCAACUCUUACUCCCUUGAAGGCCUACAAUAUUUAGAAAAAACAUUUUUAUAUUAACCUUGGCUGCUUUGAAUUUGAUCAAUAUCUCUGGAGCCAAAUAAUUUACCUACAACUGCUAAACUUUAAACAAGAAAAGAGUACCAUUUCUUGGUGUAUUUGCAAAUUUGUACAAUUGGCAUACAUUUUCAAAUAUUAAUCUUAACAAUAAUUUCACCCUUUUAACACUUCCUAGUCCUUACAGCCCUGUACACCUCCCAAAAGAAAACAGAAUGUUAACCUUAUUGUGGAGUCUUGUGGGUUUCAUCUAUUUAUAACAGCCUUAACGUUAGUGACAACUAGUUUUCUUUCAUUGAAUAGUUAUCUAAUUUUGGCCUUUGUGUGUUUCUCUCUUUCUUGCUCGUUUUUCAGGGCACUCCCUUGUGUCAUCCCUUAGUCACAACUUCAUUGUAUUUAUUGCAUCUUGUUUCAAAAUCUGAAGCCUCUGUACAGAUUUAGAAUGAUGAUCAACAACCAGUUGUAAAUCACAUGUUUGUGCCACACACUAUUUAAAGUGAUAUGUUGUGCUUAGCUCUGUAUGUUACUUUAAAGAAUUACUAAAUUCAAUAUUUGCAGGGCUAUGACCCACAUGGAGGAGAGAGGACAUAGGAAAGUAAGGAUCAAGUACUGAGGGCUCCAAUUCAGGACUACCAUGUUAAAUUUUCAUUAUGUUUGAAAUUUCUUCGUUUUCUAUACAAAACGAUCCUUGCCACUAUGUCACUAUAAUCCACAACAAUGCUGGUGAUUUUGCUAAAUCUAGGCUGCAUCUUACAUCUCUUGCUUUUAGCUGCCUCAGUGUAUAAUUCAGCCUUGAUGUAGAAUAGCCAACAGCAUUAGAGCACAUAGUGGCUAUGUCUACACUGGCAUGAUUUUGCGCAAGAACUCUUUUGCG